AUGUCGCAGCAAAGCGGUGUAGUAAAGAAAAGAAGAAGAGAAUUAGAUAUAAAGAACAAGAGAGUGGAUCAACGACAACACAACACGAUCGUGGAGUUCACUAGAAGAAAAGCGUUACUCAGCAUAUCAACUAGGAAAACACCCCCCAUCGAGUGUGUGUGUGCACCAGCAUACGGUUUUUGGAAUGAUUUAUGUGUAGUCGGUGUGGGAAGAAAUAAAAUUACCAUUGAGAAAAUUGUAAAUGAAAGGAAUAGACAAGCAACAUUUACAAAAAGAAAGAAUGGACUCAUAAAAAAGGCAAUGGAAUUAUCGAUCUUGUGCGAUUGCGAGAUUGCACUCAUCAUAUUUAGUAGCAACAGCAAACUGUUUCAAUACUCGUCCAAAGAUAUGGACAAAAUUUUAAUUAAAUAUACUGAUUGUACCGAAAACUCUAAAAAGAAUUUGACAAAUCAUGAUUAUAAUAGGGUAUUUGGAAACAAAAAAUUAAAGGGACAAGUAGAUGAAGAGGAAGAUGAUGAUGAGGAAUUGGGUGAAUGUUCAUCGACUACAAAUAGUCCACAAAUAAGUCAUUCUUCAAUGGGAACUUCAUCUACACCACAACCAUCUCAACAACAACAGCAACAACAACAAGCACAACAAGUGGCGACUCAACAACAACAACAACAACAUCAUGCACAAGCAUCAGCACAUCAUCCACACCAUUUAUCGACGAGUACCACAUCGGCAGUAUUACAACAAUCUAAUGGAAGUAUACACAGCAGUACGUCUGGAUCUUCCUCUCUACACCAUCCAUCGCCUUCACCACUCCAACAAUCACAACACUUGGGUUCGUCAACUUCGGCUGCAGCCCAACAACACCCAUCGGCCCUACACCCAGGUGCACCCCAACUACUCCAUCCAAGCCAGAUGGUCUCGGGGUCACCGUACCAUGGUAUGUAUGGACUCAACCAAAGCCAAUACUACCAAGGUGUCUAUGGAAAGCAGUUGUAUGGUAUCGAGGCAGACUUGGCGCCGCUCACACCCAGAGGCACCAAGCGGUAUCCGCCCAACUUCCCCGGCGUCCAUGUUAGCGGCGACAAAUAUAACGGGUAUCCAUUGAGUUCGAGUGCCAGUGGAAGCGGGGCUUCAGGAAGCACAGGUGGCGCUGGAGGCAACUCUACAGAGUCACCCCCAUUGUCUGCGAGCACCAAAAACCACUAUCUCAAGGCACCUCAAAUGCCUCAGUACCCUCCACACAUGUACCACGGUUACGAACAUUAUGGCGUUCCAUACGUAUAUACUCAGAACCCAUACACUGGUCAAAUGUAUUAUUCACCUAUUCCAACUCAACCUGGACCCGGCGGACAUCAUCCACCCAUUCAAACUCAACCUGGUGGACAUCAUCCAGCUGCUGCUGCAGCUGCUGCUGCGGGUGGUCAACAACAACAACAACAACAACAACAACAACAACAACAACAACAACAACAACAUUCAGCCCCUGCAUCUGCUUCACCUCAACCUCAACCAUCACAGCAACAACAAUUGUCAUCUCAACAACAUCAUCAACAACAAAUAGCAUAUCUUCAUCCUCAACAACAAGCUGCCAUGCAACAUCAUCAACAACAACAACAACAACAACAACAACAACAACAACAACAACAACAACAACAAUUGGCAUCUCAACAACAACAUCAUCAACAACAAUUGGCAUCACAACAACACUUUUUCCAAAAUUCUCCACAAAAUGCAAGUGCCAAUCAUACACCAUCACCACAACAAUUACAUCAUAAUCCAUCUUCUGUAUCUGAAGCCAUUCAACAUCCACCUCAAUUAAAUCUUAGCCAUCCACCACCACAGCAGCAACAACAACAACAACAACAACCACAACAACCAUCUGGAUCAUCAUCAUCAUCACAUCACCAUCCACCACCUCCACCACCACCAGUUUUUAGUAAAUCCAAUAAUACAUCAAACUCUUCCUCUUCCUCGUCGUCGUCGUCACUAGCACCACCAUCGUCUACGACCAUUACAACGACAACUACAACUACGACCAAGAUUGAUUCUCAACCACCAUCACCAUUUACCAAAGGAAAUACAUCCAGCAGUUUACAACCACCAUCAUCACAUCACGACCAACACUCUAAAAUGAAUAAUAUAUUAAAUACAUCACAUCUUCAACAACAAAAUAGUACCAGUAGUCAAUCGACACCACCCAUAUCACCAAUGGUCACAUCAACCACGCCCAACCACAUUUCAUCACCAUCGCUAGUACCCAUUGUCACUGCCGACUCUGAAGACAAACCAAAACCAGGUAAAAAGUCACUGAGCGUUGUCAUUCCCGAGAGCAAAACACCAUCGCAGGCGUUCCGUAGUGUUACACCGGCACCCAUCAAUGAAACCGUUUUACCAAGCAAACCUUUAAUCGAACCAACUCUACCUUCACCAAGGGAUUUCUAUCCAGAAGAUGCCCUCACUACACCUAGCACCUAUUUCACGCAACAACAUCUGUGGAACAAACAAACACCUCUUGGUCUAAACUAUGGUAUGGACUUUUUAACCGGACCGUUGCCAUCUCCCAGUAGCUCGAAAUAUUGGAUUCCCAACCUCGAUGGAAACCAAACGCCCUCUAGUGCCAUUGCAUCGUUGAUUGGCGGUGUCGGAGGUCAUCACACACAACUUCUCGGUCCCAAUGGCAGUUUACAACCACCCUCUUCCAGUAUACUCGCACCACCUCCACUCUCUACCCUCACUACAACCACUACCACUACCACUACAACAUCAGGAAACGCAGAUCAUGAUAAUGAAAAGAAAAGAAAACAUUAA